GUAUGAGGACCAUAGAUGCUAUUAUCUCAUUUUCGGUCUUGUAAAUGCUGAAACUGUGUAAGAAGAGCCAGAGUUUGGCGAAAUGACGUUGUAAUUGCCACCGCCAAGUUACGUACCCCUUCGCCCCCGAGCGCUCUCUGCCCCGACGCAGCCAAGCCCUCUCCUAUCGCCGUUUCCCCCAACCCUAGCCACCGCCGCCACUCCGCCGCCGGGCCGUCGACCGCAGCGAACCUUCCCCGACCCUUUCGCUCCGUACUCCCCGCCGCUCCCCUCGUCGACCCUUUCCCUCCCUAUACCCGGCGGCCGUCGACCGAUCUCAGCUGAAGCGGCAGCAAUGGCAUCGUCAGUGCUGGAGGCCACACGAGCGGCGCACGAGGACAUCGAGCGGUUAGAACGCCUGGUGGUGCGCGAGCUGCAGCGAGAUCCCGCCAAUGCCCGUGACCGCCUCUUCCAGUCCCACCGCGUCCGCCACAUGCUCGACCUCGUCAUCUCCACCUCCGACAAGCUCGUUGAAAUCUACGAAGACAAGGACGGUGCUAGGAAGGAUGAGAUCUCCUCCCAUCUUACCGCGCCGGUGCAAAGCGACAUCUUCCCCAAGUACUAUGAAAGGCUCAAAGAGAUCCGUGAUUACCAUAGGCGGAAUCACUCUGCCCGUUUCAUCAGCGAAACUGACGAUUAUGAGGAGCUACUAAAGGAGGAACCGGCUAUUGAAUUCACUGGCGAGGAGGCAUUUGGCCGGUACUUGGACUUACAUGAGCUCUACAAUGAGUUCAUAAAUUCCAAGUUUGGAUCGCUAAUGGAAUACUCAGCAUACGUUGGUACUUUUGCUCAGACUGAAAAAAUCUUGCAUAGUCUAAAAGCUACCAGGCAAUACAAAGAAUAUUUGGAGCAUAUUUUGGAAUACCUGAUGUCAUUUAUGUAUCGUACAGAGCCAUUGCAAGAUAUUGAUAAAAUUUUUACAAAGUUGCAAAGUGAGUUCGAAGAACAGUGGGCCAAUGGCGAAGUACCUGGAUGGGAGAAUAAGGGCACAGAGAAAAAAUCUGAAUCGCAAGAGUCUGCAGUAGACCUCGAUUACUACAAUAUUGUUGAAGAGCUUGUAGAGCUUGGUCCGGAAAAGUUGAAAGAGGCUUUAACUGCUCGUGGAUUGAAGGGUGGCGGCACUGUUCAACAGCGUGCUGAGCGCCUUUUCUUGCUGAAGCAUACACCCUUGGAACAAUUGGAUCGUAAGCAUUUUGCCAAAGGUGAUGAUUUGAAGAAGGAAAUUGCUUUGGUUGAAGUGAAGAUGAAGCGCUUAUGUGAGAUUCUCGAUGAGGUCAUUGUAAGAACAAAGGAAAAUGCGGAGAAGAAGCUGACUUUGACCUAUGAAGAAAUGGAAGCAGAACGGGAAGAAGAAGAAGUACAAGCUGAUAGUGAAAGUGAUGACGAAGACCAACAAAUCUACAACCCUCUCAAGUUACCAAUGGGUUGGGACGGGAAACCUAUCCCCUAUUGGCUCUAUAAGCUUCACGGUCUUGGUCAGGAAUUCAAGUGCGAGAUAUGUGGUAACCACAGUUACUGGGGGCGAAGGGACUAUGAGCGCCAUUUCAAAGAGUGGCGCCAUCAGCAUGGGAUGCGAUGCCUUGGUAUUCCUAAUACCAAGAACUUCAACGAAAUUACAUCCAUUGAGGAGGCGAAAGCACUGUGGGAGAGGAUACAAGCAAAGCAAGGGCUGAACAAGUGGCGGCCAGACUUGGAAGAGGAGUACGAAGACAAGGAUGGCAACAUCUACAACAAAAAGACGUACACUGACCUGCAGCGCCAAGGCCUGAUAUAGAUAUGCGAUUCUUGUGCGUUGGGGUUUGGACGGCGCUAAAUCCAUUGAAACCUGCUGACCUUGAUGGUCGCUGCAACUCUGUAUUAGCUUGCGUUAUAUACUCUGCAAGAUGUUACUCCGUGUUAUAUUUUACGCGCCGGAGUACUUGGGAGCUCAACUUCCUUCUUCGGGGUACAUUGCACAUUAUGCUCUAUAAUUGGUCCAUCUUACUCCGUGUUC